UGAGCCGGCGUGCGGCAUCCAAUGGGGUGGAAGGCGGGGAGAGGGGCGGGGCCAGCGGCCCGGGUACAUUAGCGCGUGCCCGAGCGAGGCGAAUGUUGCAACGUUGUGAGUGUGGAUGGGCGGCGGAGGCGAGGCUGCAGCUCCAACACCAGCACCAGCUCACUCGCAGCAUGUGACAGCACCCGGCUGCUCUGCUACUUCUAACCCUCGCUUUUAACACCCGGGGGGGUCAAAGCAAAAAAAAAUUACCCAAACCAACCAUCGGUCGCGACUGAUGCAACUAGAGAUAGGUGCUGAGAGUGCAACAAUGCAAACAUUGGUUUCACUGCCCACCUACCUUCAGGUGUUUAGGGCAAAGCGAAGAGAUUUCUAGAGAAAGCAAAAUUUUGGUUUCAAUCAGCUUCCCGGAGAGGCAGAGAGGAGGAAAAAAAAGAGAACUCCUUGUUUGUUGUACUUGGGACCCGGACUUAAAAGAAGAAAAAAAGGACAGGUUAUCAGGACUUAAGCAUUUCUAAACACGGUGAUAGCCAAGAACUGGUGUGCUUGAAUUAGGGCAAGUAUGAUCUUCCCCCACCCAAACCCUCAGCGAUUCUCAUGACUGUCAGUGACAGCUUGAUGGAUGCUUGAAAGGCAAUCAAUAUCUGGCGUUGUAUGCGGCGCCGUCUGUUGAAUCAUCCAGGCUGUUGUGGUCGAACGAUCCGAAGCUAUUCGGUGACAAGAUAAUUCAUUUGGUUUGGCUGCAUUCGUUCACAACCCGGAGCCUCCUAUCGUGGUGAUAGAAAAGGCGCUGUUGAUACGUGUUAUUGUCUGGGAACUGGCCUCGGUGAGUUUGCAGGGAUUGUAGCAACCGCUGUUCUGCAAAUCUCUGCACACACGAAUACCCAGGCACUGGGACAGAAAGAAAAAGUUGGGAGAGGAGGUCGGUGGCUCUCGGAAGGCGGAUUUGAAACGAACCGUUCGCAUUUAUUCACCUUCGGCUUUCGAUUUAAACGUUCCUUGUUUGUGUGUUGUUUUGUUUUAAAUCGAAGUUUACCUCUUCCCGAUGGCAGCGAUGAGUGGGUUUGGAUUUGGGGGGAUUUUCCUGUGGUUUCUCCUUGUGAUCGGGACGAGCACUUGGGAAGAAGUUGCUGGCCAAGUUUGCCCGAAUCGCUGUACCUGCGCUGGGACGGCUGUGGACUGCCAUGGACUGGGGCUGCGCUCCGUUCCCAAAAGCAUCCCCAGGAAUACCGAGAGACUGGAUUUGAAUGGGAACAACAUCACAAGAAUCACCAAAUCAGCUUUUUCAGGAUUAAGACAUAUGCGAGUUCUACAGCUCAUGGAAAACCAAAUAACUACUAUUGAGAGGGGAGCUUUUCAGGAUCUAAAGGAGCUGGAGAGACUCCGCCUGAACAGAAACAAUCUGCAGGUCUUACCCGAGUUGCUUUUCCUGGGAACUCCAAAGCUCUACAGACUUGACUUGAGUGAAAACCAUAUUCAUGCUAUCCCGAGAAAGGCCUUCCGAGGAGCUGUUGACAUUAAAAAUUUGCAACUGGAUUACAACCAGAUCAGCUGCAUUGAGGAUGGAGCGUUCAGAGCUCUGCGUGACCUGGAAGUGCUUACUAUUAACAAUAACAAUAUCUCUCGACUCUCAGUGGCAAGCUUCAACCACAUGCCCAGGCUAAGAACCUUCCGCCUCCAUUCAAACAACCUGUUCUGCGACUGCCAUUUAGCGUGGCUUGCUGAUUGGCUGCGGCAGCGCCCACGGGUUGGGCUUUACACUCAAUGCACAGGUCCUGGUCACCUGAGGGGCCACAAUGUUGCUGAGGUACAAAAGAAGGAGUUUAUUUGCUCUGGCCACCAGAGUUCGACAGCACAGUCUUGCAGUGUCCAUUCAAAGUCCUGCCCAUCUGUCUGCACAUGCAGCAACAGCAUUGUGGACUGUCGUGGCAAGGGCCUCACUGAGAUAUCGAGCAACCUUCCUGAAAGUAUCACAGAAAUACGUCUGGAGCAAAACUCAAUCAAGUCCAUCCCCCCUGGAGCCUUCUCACCCUACAAGAGGUUGCGAAGAAUAGACCUGAGCAACAACCAUAUCUCCGAAAUCGCGCCAGAUGCUUUCCAGGGACUGAGGUCACUUAACUCUCUUGUGCUCUAUGGAAAUAAAAUCACAGAGCUGCCAAAAGGCCUCUUUGAGGGACUCUUCUCUCUGCAGUUGCUGUUGCUGAAUGCCAAUAAGAUUAACUGUCUCCGAGUGGAUGCUUUUCAGGAUCUCCAUAAUCUAAACCUCCUCUCCCUGUACGACAACAAGUUACAGACCAUCGCCAAAGGCACUUUUGCUCCUCUGCGUGCCAUCCAGACAUUGCAUUUGGCUCAGAACCCAUUUAUUUGUGAUUGCCAUCUGAAAUGGCUCGCGGAUUAUCUCCACGCCAACCCCAUUGAAACAAGUGGUGCCCGCUGCACUAGUCCUCGCCGCCUGGCAAACAAGAGGAUCGGGCAGAUCAAGAGCAAAAAGUUCCGCUGCUCAGCAAAAGAACAGUAUUUCAUUCCAGGAAUUCACCAUUUUGGCUGCACAGAGGAUUACAGAGCCAAGCUCAGUGGAGACUGCUUCAUGGAUCUCGCUUGCCCUGAAAAGUGCCGAUGUGAGGGAACCACUGUGGACUGCUCCAAUCAAAGACUGACCAAAAUUCCUGAUCACAUCCCUCAGUAUACCGCAGAGUUGCGUCUUAACAACAAUGAAUUUACAGUGUUGGAAGCUACUGGGAUCUUCAAGAAACUCCCUCAGCUCCGCAAAAUAAACUUAAGCAAUAAUAAGAUUACAGAUAUUGAGGAGGGAGUGUUUGAGGGUGCUUCAGGUGUGAAUGAAGUCCUGCUAACCGGUAAUCGCCUGGAAUCUGUGCAUCGUAAAAUGUUCAAAGGACUGGAUAGUCUUAAGACACUGAUGCUGAGAAGUAACAAAAUUAGCUGUGUUAGCAAUAACACAUUCACAGGCCUGAGCUCCGUUCGUCUGCUAUCACUCUAUGACAAUCAGAUAACUACCAUUUCUCCAGGAGCGUUUGAUACUCUUCACUCUUUGUCGACACUAAAUCUUCUGGCUAAUCCUUUUAAUUGCAAUUGUUACCUGGCCUGGCUGGGUGAGUGGUUGAGAAAGAGGCGUAUUGUGACUGGGAACCCUCGCUGCCAAAAGCCCUAUUUCUUGAAGGAAAUUCCUAUCCAAGAUGUAGCAAUCCAGGACUUCACAUGUGAUGAUGGCAAUGAUGACAACAGCUGUUCACCCCUUGCCCGCUGUCCUGCAGAAUGUACUUGCCUGGACACUGUGGUUCGUUGCAGUAACAAGGGUCUCAAGGUCUUACCCAAGGGCCUCCCCAAGGAUGUUACAGAACUGUACUUGGAUGGAAAUCAAUUUGUGAUGGUGCCCAAGGAACUCACCAACUACAAGCAUUUAUUACUUAUUGAUUUAAGUAACAAUAGAAUCAGUACAUUGUACAACCAGAGCUUCAGCAACAUGACAGAGCUCCUAACUUUGAUUCUCAGUUAUAACCGGCUCAGGUGUAUCCCUGUUCGGGCUUUUGAUGGUUUGAGGUCCCUGCGUUUAUUGUCAUUGCAUGGGAAUGAGAUAUCAGCUAUUCCUGAAGGAGCUUUCAAUGACCUCUCAUCAUUAUCACAUUUGGCCCUUGGUGCAAACCCACUGUACUGUGACUGUAACAUGCAGUGGUUGUCCGACUGGGUCAAGUCAGGCUACAAAGAACCAGGCAUAGCUCGUUGUGCUGGACCUGGUGACAUGGCAGAUAAGCUUCUGCUUACCACUCCCUCGAAGAAAUUUGAAUGUCAAGAGAUUCCAGGGCCUUGCGGUUUUCUGGUACCAGGGCCUAUUGAUAUCAACAUUCUAGCCAAGUGUAACCCUUGUCUUUCCAACCCGUGUAAAAAUGAUGGCACUUGCAAAAAUGACCCCGUGGAUUUCUACAGGUGCACUUGUCCUUAUGGAUUCAAGGGACAGGAUUGUGAUGUUCCCAUUCAUGCCUGUGUUAACAGUCCUUGCAAAAAUGGUGGAACCUGCAAUCUGAAAGAGGGGGAAAAAGAUGCAUUCUGGUGCUCGUGUUCUGAUGGCUUUGAAGGUGAGAACUGUGCAGUGAACAUUGAUGACUGUGAGGACAAUGAUUGUGAGAAUAAUUCCACCUGCAUUGAUGGGAUCAACAACUACACCUGCCUCUGUCCACCCGAAUACACAGCUGCUAAUCUGAAUGAGGUGGAAAAAGGUGAGCUAUGUGAAGAGAAACUGGACUUCUGCGCCCCAGAGCUGAACGCCUGCCAGCACGACUCCAAAUGUAUCAUGACUGUCAAGGGAUUCAAAUGUGAAUGCACACCUGGCUACAUCGGUGAACAUUGUGACAUUGACUAUGAUGACUGCCAGGAGAACAAGUGUAAGAACAGUGCACAGUGUAUCGAUGCGGUCAAUGGGUAUACCUGCAUCUGCCCAGAAGGCUACAGCGGUCUGUUUUGUGAAGUGGCCCCGCCAAUGGUUUUACCACGCACCAGUCCCUGUGAUCAUUUUGAGUGCCAGAAUGGAGCCCAAUGUAUUGAGAUUGGAAACGAGCCUGUUUGCCAGUGUUUACCUGGUUAUGAGGGCGACAAGUGUGAAACAUUAGUCAGUGUGAACUUCGUGAACAGAGAUUCUUACCUACAGAUUCCUUCACCAAAUGUCCAUCUACAGCCCAAUAUCUCUCUCCAGGUAGCUACAGAUGAAGAAAAUGGGAUUUUGCUAUACAAAGGAGAUAGUGAUCACAUAGCUGUGGAGCUGUUUCGUGGGCGUGUACGUGUCAGUUAUGACACGGGUGUAUAUCCAGCAUCUGCCAUUUACAGUGUGGAAACAAUUAAUGAUGGCAACUUUCACAGUCUGGAACUGGUGGCAUCUGAUCAAAUCUUGAGCUUAGUGAUUGAUGGAGGAAAUCCAAAGAGUAUCAACAAUUUAGCUAGACAAUCCACGCUCAAUGUGGACUCCCCUCUCUAUGUUGGAGGUAUGCCCACAAAGACCAACGUUGCAGCUUUGCGCCAAGGGCCAGGCCAGAAUGGUACCAACUUCCAUGGCUGCAUCCGCAACUUGUAUAUCAACAACGAACUUCAAGACUUCAAGAAAGUUCCAAUGCAGACUGGCAUUCUGCCAGGCUGUGAACCCUGCCAGAAGAAGAUGUGCCAACAUGGUACCUGUCACUCCAUUGGCCAAUCCAGUUUCACUUGUGAAUGUGAAGGAGGUUGGACUGGGACACUUUGUGACCAGCAAACCAAUGACCCAUGUCAGGGCAAUAAGUGCGUGCAUGGUAUUUGUGUGCCAAUCAAUGCUUUCUCAUACAGCUGCAAAUGCCAGCUGGGUUUCAGAAAUGUGCUGUGUGAUGAGGAAGAGGAGCUGUUUAAUCCUUGCCAGAACAUCAGGUGUAAACAUGGAAAAUGCAGGCUUUUGGCUCUGAGCCGGCCUUACUGUGAAUGUAAUAGUGGUUACACUGGAGAGAACUGUGAUAAAGAAAUCUCCUGUCGAGGGGAACGCAUCCGAGAUUACUACCAGAAACAGCAAGGCUACGCUGCUUGCCAGACAACCAAAAAAGUCUCGCGGUUAGAGUGCAGAGGUGGAUGUGACAACGGACAGUGCUGCGGACCUCUGAGAAGCAAGCGGCGGAAAUACAGUUUUGAAUGCACUGACGGCUCUUCAUUUGUGGAGGAGGUGGAGAAGAUCGUGAAAUGCGGCUGCUCACGCUGUUCUUUGUAAAAGCUUCAAACGCUCGCCCCUUUUCAAAACAAUGUGCGCCUGGUGACUGUGUGGGACGUAUGUUGCUUUCGUGCUGGAGAUAUUUGAAUUAUAUUGUAAAAUACAGAACAGACUUAUUUUUAUUAUCAGAAAAUGACUAUUUUCUUCAUUUACAAAAACAUUUCAAGUCCUUUUGACUGAAAGUUGUUGCAAAACACAGAAGUAUCUGUCAGAAGCCAAACCAUUUUGGACUGGAUUUUGACUUUUCCUGACUCAGCGUGAGGAAACUCUCUAUAAUUUGACAUCUGGCGGACAAAGAAAAAGAAAUCUAAAGGAGGAUUGUGCCACUGAAGAAGAUGUCAGUCCAUCUUUGAAACAGGGACAUGGAUUUAACUGUGCUGUAAGGAAAUGAAACCAAGAAUGUGCAUCGAUGAAGAAGACCUGGAGCUUCCGCUGUCAUUUUAUAUCUUGAUUACGUGAACAGCAAUUUUUCUUUUCCCCGGUAUAAUGUGUACGUUAGCAUAAUCGAGCUUACAAAGUGUUUUAGCAAGCCUUGUUUCCAGUAUUAAUUCUUUGUAAUAUAACUAUAAAUGGGGGACUAUACAACAGAUAGAGAAUUGAUGUAUGGAUUACUUAGUUGGAUAAAGUUUUGUGGUUUUCUUUUGAAAUGAGUUUAUGCAGUAUUCAAAAUAUCAUUAAGAAGUAUUUAUUGUAUCAAGAAAAACUUGUACCUAACUUUGCUAGAACUUCUCUUUCACUCCAUUUUUGAAUCUUUAAUAUAUAUUAAUUUAUAUUUCGUUCUCAUAUUUUUGUAUGUUAAAAAUGUUAAAAAAAAUGAUUGCAGUUUUUUUUAUUUUUAUUUUGGGGGGGGAUAGAGUAACUAACAUUCUAGCAUGUCCUCUCGGGGUGAAUUGUCUUGUUAACCUUUUGAUCAGUUGUGUCUCCUGUACUUUUGACCAAUGACAUUGCUUUGGUUUACAAAGCCUGGGAAAUAACCUCAGCCUAACGGUGUCAGAUGUAACGAUCCAGUGUAUAUUUUGUGAAAUUCUGCUGAAUUUGUACGUUUACCAGUGAAAUAAUGAUCUCCUUGACAAACUUCA